AUGUCGCCACAUCCAGAUAAAGCGGGUCUUGUCGCCGAAUGCGAGUACUCUGAGCACAGCAUGAAGCACUUCAGACAGGUCGCUUUCUUGGCUGUAGCCUUGUCUACCGUCACCAUGUUGGCUUGCAUUGUCGUACUGCCAUUGUCAUUCCAGUACAUCCAACGAGUACAAUCCUCAGUCAGCAGCGACAUCGAGUUUUGUAGGGUAAGUUGUUGAGGUAUUUUAUGAAAUUGUACUUGAACAUGAUUAUGUUGAUUAAGUCCAAUGUUUUUCAAGUUUUUACAGAUGGCAUGAGAAAGCAUGUCAAGACAUGACUUGUUAUGCCAUUAUUACUUCCUUUUUGCAAACUUCUUCUAAAUUGCCCGAUUUUCCGGUAUUUUACUUUGAUUUACACUUAAUUGGCGCCGUUGCGCAGCUAAUUCAACAACAACAAUACUUGGCAUCUAAUGAAGAUUUAAAAUAAUAGUACUUAAUUAAAAAGACUUUAUAUGUAUAUACAAUAUAUAUAUAUUAAUAUUAAGGAUUAUAACUUCUCUACCUAUUUUAGAGCCGCAACAAGGAUCUGUGGACAGAAGUUGUGACAGUUCAGUUGGGCAAAGGAGCUCACGCUCAAGCUGAUCGUUUGAAGAGAGACACAGCCGCUGGCAAGAACGGCAGAUGGUUGUUCGGAAACUUUGUCCAAAACACCGACCAGUAAGUUUUAAAGUAGACAUUGUAAUUCUUUAAAUAAUUUUACUUACUUGAUCUCAACUUGUUGACUACAGCUAUUUUACGGCUUAUGAACAACAUUUUUGCUAAUUUUUUCAAUUUAAAAUGCUUCAAUAUGACUUAUACUUGUAUUAUUCAUAAAUCUUUAGACUAGCCGCUCGCGGAGUUCGCCGUCAAGCUUCGUACGACAACAAUGCUGCUGCCGCUCCAUCCAACGACUACAAUGGAGCCGCUCCAGCCGGUACUACUGCUGCUCCAGCCGCCGACUACAGUGCUCCAGUCUCUUCGGCUCCGAAAGAGAAGGACUGCUGUGGCUGUCAGCUUGGCCCACCAGGACCACCAGGAGAAGCCGGUGUUGAUGGACAACCAGGUCUUGACGGUAAACCAGGUCAAGACGGAUCCCCAGGACAAGACGCUCCACCAGGCCAGAAGGCUGCUCCAUGUGUCAGAGAAUGCCCACCUGGACCACCAGGACCAGCCGGCUCUCCAGGAGACAAGGGCCCUAAGGGAUACCCAGGAGAGCAAGGAGAACCAGGCACCAGCGGAAAGCCAGGACCAAAGGGACCACUCGGCAAACAAGGACCACCCGGUCCACCCGGACUUCCAGGCCGGCCAGGAGACAAGGGAGAGCCAGGCAAACACGUCCCAGGAGUCGCUCCACCAGGCCCACCAGGGCGUCAAGGAGAAAUGGGACCACCUGGCCCACCAGGACCACCUGGAUCCAAGGGAAAACCCGGAGAGCAAGGACCACCAGGACCAGAAGGAGACCAAGGAAAUCCAGGUUAGUACAUUUAGGCUAAACUAACUAUGGUACUCUUUUUUAAAUUAUAGUACUAUAUUGUACAUGAAAGAAAAGUGUACUAAAUAGUACCAAUUUUAAAUUCAAACUUUUAAAAUUAAAUUGAAAUCCCGAUUUUCAGGACCAUACGGAAAGCCUGGAGCUCCCGGCCCAAUUGGCCCUCCUGGCUCAGCUGGUGCUGUUGGUGCUUGCGACCACUGUCCCAAGCCACGUACUCCACCAGGAUACUAG